GUUUCCCCCCGUUCCCCAGCCCCUCUGCUCAGCCCCUGCUGGGGGAGGAGGAGCCCCCCCCGCCCUAUUCCCCCCAGGGCAGCCCGGGCAGUGCCAGCGGGCCUGUGAUCAGCUGCAGGGUGUGCCAGGGGGCCAUCAGCGUGGAAGGGAAGGCCCACCAGCACGUCAUCAAGUGUGGCAUCUGCAACGAGGCCACGCCUAUAAGGAACGCCCCCGUGGGGAAGAAGUACGUCCGCUGUCCCUGCAACUGCCUGCUCAUCUGCAAGGUUUCCUCCCAGAGGAUCGCUUGUCCACGCUCCUACUGUAAGCGGGUCAUCAACCUUGGCCCAGUGCAUGCUGGGAGAGAGAGUCCUGAGCCACAGCAGCCUGCAGGAGUUAGAGUGAGCUGUGGACACUGCAGCAACACCUUCCUGUGGACGGAGUUCACGGACAGGACAUUGGCUAGGUGUCCACACUGUCGUAAGGUCUCUUCGAUUGGUCCUCAGUACCCCAGGAGGCGGGGCCUGUGGUGUUUCCUUCUGUUUCUGGUUCUAGCUGCCUCCUCAGCAGGACUGAUGGUGGGAACAUGGCGCUCGGCUCAGCAUAACAAAGGGAUCUAUGUCUCCUGGGCCUUCAUGGUUCUGUUGGCUGUUUUCUGUCUGGCUAGAACCUUCUACUGGGCCUGUCUCCGGAUCAGCCACCCCCUCCAGAACUCCCCGUAGCAGGACAAUGCUUCAGUCUCUAUUAUAUAUAUAGGAAUUAUAUGUAUGAAUAUUCUGUUAGAUUAACUGGGUUGGUCAAAAAACACACACAAAACUGGGAAAUUGUUUUUAGGGUUUACUUUCAUUUGGAUACAUUUUUUAACAAAGUAAUUUUCAUUACUCUAGUAGAGUGUGAUAACGACUAAAUAACUGAUCCGUGAUACGUUGCUGUACAGCUGUAAAUCUCUAAAUGUACUCCGCUACUGGCGGUAUUCCUGAUUCUGAUCAUGAAUCAUGCUAGACACAGUGUUUCUGAUAGCUGAUUUAGCUGAAUCAUGCUAGACACAGUGUUUCUGAUAGCUGAUUUAGCUGAAUCAUGAUAGACACAGUGUUUCUGAUAGCUGAUUUAGCUGAAUCAUGCUAGACACAGUGGUUUGUAACCCUGGUAAUGUUUUCUAGACGUUUUCCCUGCUCCCAACACACCUGACUCGGGUCGUUAUCAAGCAGAAGCCUGGUGACGAGCGUUUCGUCUGAACCAGGUGUGUUGGAGCAGGGAAACAUCUAGAACGUGCAGGACAGGGGCGCUGGAGGACCAGGGCUGAAGACUGCUGCUCUAGAAAGGGUUGGAGCCAAACCCUCCAGGAGGGUAUUUGGGUGGCCAAGGGCAGGGGCGUGGCCAAGGGCAGGGGCGUGGCCAAGGGAAGGGGCUUGGCCAAGGGAAGGGGCGUGGCCCAGGAGAGGCGCUUAGGAGCCCUCAUUUACAUGCCCCACAUUUGUUUGCUUUAAAAAAUAAAAAAUUAUUGUUGAUAUAUAAAUAUAUAUACUGUACAUAUACUUUUUUCUUUUUUUCCUCAUUUCCGGGAGGAACCCCUUCAUUUUAAAAUGGGACCCCAAAAUAUAACAUUCUGUAUUUGGAGAUCCCUGUUAGAUGCCAGAACAACACUGCUGUUCUUCUAAUGUCAAAUAUUACAACUGUUGUUGUCGUGAGUCUUUUGUAAAUUGUGAAACUAAAACACCUUUAACGUG